UGUUUUGGACGCAAGUGUUUUGAUCAAGUGUGCCGUAAAUCGUAAAACCUUGAGAAUGAAAUUUUAUCCACUAACGCUUUUGACUAUAAUAAUUGUGUUAUUUUCGUUAGUAUAUAUUUUCUUUAAGCGCAAAUUUGCAUAUUGGAGUGAUCGCGGAGUGAAAUAUCUUGAACCUCGAAUUCCACUAGGAAAUCUGCCUUUUGGUCGUUAUGAACAUCUGAAAACCAUCUUCGGGAACAUUUACGCGCUUAAAGAUAAAUCCCCAUUCAUUGGAGGCUACAUUUUCACCAAUCCGGUUGUAGUUGCAACUGAUUUGGACUUUGUGCAAGAUAUUUUGGUUAGAGAUUUCCAGAAUUUCCAUGAGCGGGGAGUGUUCAAUAAUGAAAAAGAUGAGCCUCUUUCGGCACACUUAUUUUCAUUAGACGGACAAAGGUGGAAGUCACUUCGAAUGAAAUUGUCUCCAACUUUCACUUCCGGAAAAAUGAAGUUUAUGUUUCCCACGAUGGUAGAUGUCGCCGAAAAGUUCUGUGAAGCUUUGACCGAAGUCCUACAUAAGGAAAGUAUUCAUGAUGUGAAAGACCUUUUGGCCCGAUUCACCACAGACGUGAUCGGUACCUGUGCAUUCGGAAUCGAAUGUAAUAGUCUGAAAGAUCCUGACAACGAUUUUCGCAAGUACGGUCGCUUAACAUUUGAAUUAAGAUUGGGGAUCAUUGGUAGAGGAAUCGUGAUGCAAUUUCCAGAAAUUGCCAAAUUCCUUCAUAUGAAAAUUUUCCGGGAAGACGUCACGGAAUUCUUUAUGCGAAUUGUUCGAGAAACUGUGGACUAUCGUCGAAAGAAUAAUGUCAAACGUAAUGAUUUCAUGAACUUACUCAUUGAGCUGAUGGAUAAUGUCACCACAGAUAAUGAAAACAAUGUGAAAUUGGAUAAACUAACUAUUGAACAGGUGACUGCCCAAGCAUUCCUGUUUUUCGCCGCAGGAUUUGAAACAUCGUCCACCGCUAUGACUUUCAGUUUAUAUGAAAUGGCGUUGAAUCCGCAUAUCCAGCAGAAAGCUCGCAAAGAAGUUAAUGAUGUACUUAAUAAACAUGAUGGAAAUUUGACCUAUGAAGCUGCAAAAGAAAUGAUCUACAUUGACCAAGUUAUUAAUGAGAGUCUUCGGAAAUAUCCGCCGGUUGUGACGUUGAGAAGGAAUGCUCAUGAUGACUAUAAAGUGAAAAAUUCGAAUGUGGUUAUUCAAAAAGGUCAAACGGUCGUAAUUCCAGUGUAUGGCAUCCAUCAUGACUCUGAGUAUUACCCUAAUCCAGAAAAGUUCGAUCCUGACAGAUUUGCAUCGGAUCAGAUCAGAAACAGACAUCCCAUGGCGUUCCUGCCAUUCGGGGAUGGGCCAAGAAACUGCAUUGGUCUUCGGUUCGGAAGAAUGCAAGCCCGUAUUGGCCUUAUUAUGCUACUUAAGAACUUCAAUUUUAAAGUUUGUUCCAAGACACCGAUUCCCAUGGAAUUUUCAAAGACUAUACCUACCCUUUCACCGGCAAAUGGAUUGCAUUUAAAAAUUGAACGAAUUUAAAUAUUUUUUAUAUAAUAAUGUUGGGCCAUUGUGAGUACCAUCUGCGAUACUUUUCAAGCCAUUUCAAAAGUUAUGAUUUAAGUUAAGAUAGAA